AUAAGAUAAAUGACAAAGAGAACUAUUGGAACACCUUACCAGAAAUAUUAACUUUUAUUUAUCAAUAAUUUUAAUUCCUAUUUCCUUACCUUAGUUGUUGCAUUAAAUGUGUUGCUUUCUCUUUGGAGGAUAAAUGGAUUCUGAUAACCUUCUCUCGGUUCUGUAGCUAAUUCUUCUCCUUCUCCGGUGGGUGCUACGUCAGCUUCUCCGAGCUUACGUCAUCUCAACGGCGUCCCUGAGCCAUAUCAAAGAUUCAGGAUCAAUCUUGAGCUAAACGAGAAAGUUGCUGAUUGUUAUCUUCUGGUGUGAUAAAAAUAAUGGGAUUUUUUUCGUCGAUGUUCAGUGGGUUUGCUCGAUCUUUCUCGAUCAAGAAAGUGAAGAACAAUAAUGGAACUAGCGACGCUAAGGAAGCUGCUGAUGAGAUGGCGAGAGAUGCCAAGAAGAAGGAGAAGAUUCUGAAAUCAUGUGGUUACGUUUAUGCAGACGGUUCUAAUAACUCGGCCUCUGUUUUCUCUAAACGAGGAGAAAAAGGCGUUAACCAGGACUGUGCAAUAGUUUGGGAGGGAUUUGGGUGCCAAGAAGACAUGAUUUUCUGCGGAAUAUUCGAUGGACAUGGACCAUGGGGUCACUAUGUAGCCAAACAUGUAAGAAACUCAAUGCCUUCGUCGCUUCUUUGCAACUGGCAAAAGAGUCUUGCUCAAGCCACACUAUUAGACCCCGAGCUAGACCUCGAAGGCUCCAAUAAAAAGCUCUCAAGAUUUGACAUAUGGAAACAUUCCUAUCUCAAGACAUGUGCAUCAGUUGAUCAAGAGCUUGAACAUCACCGCAAGAUAGAUUCUUACUACAGUGGCACAACCGCUCUAACUAUUGUCAGACAGGGUGAAGUUAUUUAUAUAUCAAAUGUAGGCGAUUCGCGAGCGGUACUAGCCACGGUUUCUGAUGAAGGAAGCUUGGUUGCUGUUCAGCUCACACUCGAUUUCAAACCUAAUCUGCCUCAGGAGAAGGAGCGGAUACUCGGAUGCAAAGGGAGGGUUUUCUGUCUGAAAGAUGAGCCUGGAGUCCACCGUGUGUGGCAACCAGAUGCAGAAACACCUGGGCUUGCAAUGUCGAGAGCGUUCGGAGACUAUUGUAUCAAAGACUAUGGAUUGGUCUCAGUCCCUGAAGUUACUCAAAGACAUAUCUCUGCUAAAGAUCACUUCAUUAUCUUGGCUAGUGAUGGGAUAUGGGAUGUGAUCUCAAACCAAGAAGCUAUAGAGAUCGUUUCUUUGACCACUGAGCGGCCUAAGGCGGCUAAGAAGUUAGUUGAGCAAGCGGUUCGGGCUUGGAAGAAGAAGAAACGAGGAAUCGCCAUGGACGAUAUGUCCGUGGUCUGCCUCUUUCUCCAUUCGUCAUCGUCAUCUCUCUCACAACAUGUUCAUCAUGCCACGUCUUUUAAGUAAAAAAAUGAGUUGUAAAUAGUUCAGGGAUAGCGUUGCACAUUCAUUUUGAAAUUGGAAAUGCAUUUUUUUGGUUGCAGCCA